AUGAAGGCUGUCAUAUUUGGAGCUACAGGCCUUGUGGGGAACGAGGUUCUCAAUGCCUGCAUCGCCACCGAUAAGAUCACCAAAGUUUAUGUGGUCACGAGAAGAGCGCUGGAGGAUGACCGUGAGAAGAACCCCAAAGUCGAUGUCAUUUUGCACUCGGAUUUUGCGCACUACCCUCUUGAGCUGCUGGACAGACUCAAGGGCAUCGAGCUGUGCCUCUGGGCGAUUGGCGGAGUGCUGUCUAAGUUCAACAAUGAAAAGAAGCUUGCCUAUGCCGCCAAUGUGUCGUAUCCUUGCGCAGCAGCCUCCGCCUUUGUCCAGCACCUCGGCAACGAUUCGCCCUCGGGCAGGAUUCGCUUCGUCUUUUGCAGCGGCAAGUUUGCCGAGCCAGAUCCCGCAAAGCAUCUCUGGUUCCUAGGCGACUCGCGCCGGUGGAAGGGCGAGACGGAAACCUUCUUGCAAACACUAGCCAAGCAGCACCCGGGCAGAUUCGAGGCGUUCUCUGUGCGCCCGGGCUUGGUCAUUCCCAAUAACCCGCCGCCAGCGAUCCGCCUCGCGACUGUCGUCUCACCAGGCAUCACUGCACAGCAGACAGGCACUGUCAUGGUCAGCAUAGGGCUGAAUGGGUGGAAACAGGCGGUGCUGGAGCAGGAUGAAAUGCUAGCUAUUCACUAG